GCCCACGGCUGUUGACCGAGGCGCCGCUGGUCGAAAGCCCCGUCUGGGGUGGCGGCUGUGAAUAUCUCUCCUCAAAAAAUUUUGAAAUCACGUUUCAUGGAACUGCAGAAGUGAAGGUGAAGCAAUGCAGAAAUCAGAGUGCCAUGGAGACACACAGUUGAGAAACAGAGUGACAGGUAAUUAUAAUCAAAGGACAUCACCAAGUCCACAAAUAAAGCAUAGGACUACAGUUCAGCGAAGCAAAUCCUCACCUUCAACCAACUCUCCAGAUUCUGCAAGAAAAGUUCAUCCUCGACCAAGUGAUAAACUUAACCCUAAAACAAUUAACCCGUUUGGUGAACAGUCACGAGCCCCUUCCGCGUUUGCAGCUGUUUACUCUAAAGGUGGUAUUCCUUGCAGAUUGGUCCAUGGUUCAGUAAAGCACAGACUGCAGUGGGACUCUCCUCCUGAGCAUCUUUCAUUUGAUCCUCUUCUUAUUACUUUAGCUGAGGGUCUGAGAGAGACUAAACAUCCAUACACCUUUGUUUCGAAGGAGGGUUUUAGAGAAUUACUUUUGGUCCGAGAUGCUCCUGAGAAAGCUGUGCCUGUGCUUCCUAGACUGAUCCCUGUGCUGAAGGCAGCUCUGUCCCAUUCGGAUGAUGACGUGUUUGAAAGAGGAUUGAAUGCCCUGGUACAGUUAAGUGUUGUCGUCGGUCCUUCUCUAAAUGACCAUCUGAAACAUCUGCUUACAAGUCUUUUCAAGAGACUAAGGGACAAGAAGUUCAAAGAGCCCAUCACCAAAGCGUUACAGAAGCUAGAGCAGCAUGGUGGAAGUGAAUGCCUUAUCAUCAUCAAAGCUAAAAUUCCAACGUAUUGCUCCAUAUGUUGUUGAAGGAGGGCGCCAACAAAAAUCUUCUUCCUACCUGGUGACAGGUGUUAAAUCUGGAGACUUAUGGAACCUUUUCAGAUUCAUUUUAGUUUAUCCUUUUGUAAAUCACAGCCACCAUUUAUUAUUUACUGGUCUAAGAUGAAUAUACACAAUUCCACUGAAUCAUAGCAUCGUCUGAUGAGUAUUGAUGUAGUAGAAGCUGUCUCUGAAGCAUUCUACCGGAGAGAGGAGAAGAGAAAUAGAAAACAAGAAUAAGACCUUUCACCUUAAAGGCAAGAAGAGAGCCCAUAGAAACUCAAUAGUCACACCACAUCCAAGCAGACCUUGGGGGUCAUUCACACAGGGGCAGCAAUAUCAUAUUCCAGGAGCGUCAGAGAAAACCCUUCUGUGCACCUUCCGUCCGGUCCUGGAGCGGCCUCUUUGCAGUCUCUCUAACUAGUCUUACUGCUGUAAUUGGAAAGGGUGCAAGUAACUUCCGAAGCGUCAUAGUUGCAGAAAUGCUCGUCCUCCUCCAGAUCUUCUGUGCUUCCCGUCUGGACUCUUUCCUCAGGUCUCAUUUGUCACAUCCUCAGGUCCUGUUAGCUGCACGCCCCCGGCCUUGCUUUUACUUUUCCUCGCCGCGCUCGGCACCACCCAAGGCAAACAGAUCUACAACCCAGGAAACGCCCUAAGCGAAAAUA